AUGGGCAUCUCCGACAACGACGUACAGAAGCAACUCCGCCACAUGAUGGCUUUCAUCGAGCAGGAGGCUAAUGAGAAGGCUGAAGAAAUUGACGCCAAAGCUGAAGAAGAAUUCAACAUUGAGAAGGGACGACUUGUUCAACAGCAACGUCAGAAGAUCAUGGAAUUCUAUGAGAAGAAGGAGAAACAAGUCGAGUUGCAGCGAAAAAUUCAGUCAUCAAACUCCCUCAAUGAGGGCCGUCUGAUGUGUCUGAAGGCACGAGAAGAUCAUAUCAGAAAUGUACUUGAAGAGGCAAGGAUGAAUUUGUCGAAGAUUUCUGGUGAUCAAGCUCGUUAUCCUUCAAUUCUCAAGGGUCUCAUCAUGCAGGCUAUGCUACAACUUCUUGAGAAAGAAGUUACCCUCCAGUGCCGCGAGAAAGACCUCCCACUAGUUGAGAAGCUUCUUCCAGAGUGUCUUGAUGCCCUAGAAAAGGAAUGGGGAGAGAAAACUCAGGUGUGUCCUCUUACUGCACAAUUAGAUUCUCUAUAUCGUACAUAUAUCGAAAUCAUCUAA